GCUCAUACGCUCAUACGCUCAUACUCACGAAUUACCUGCGGCACUCCCGCCAUAGUCGUCCUGGCAGACGACAACUCCCCAACGCCACUAUUACCUCCCCCAUCCACUUCCGACGACCCAACCACUUCGACGCCCUCUCAGCCAACUACCAGCACAGAGUCCUCAGCCCAACCUUCAGAUACAGCACGAGACUCGACCGUCGACAGAGCAUCGUCGAAUCCAAACCUGCUCCCGAACGAGAGCCCAGGUCCUGUACCUACGAACCCACCCCAGCUGCCUCGUGGAACGCAAAGCAGCCGCCGUAGAGGGCGAGAACCAUCCCCAGCCGACAACAGAGAAGCCCAGGACCACCGAAGCUUUGAGAGCUUAGGUCCGCCGGGCGAGACUACCAACGAGCCUCUUCCCAAACGCAGGCGCAGGGAUCCUAUGAUGCGACUUGAGGGAGAUAGCAGCAAUACAAAUGGCGGACCUAGACCCUUCACGAACGGCUCUGCGGCGGAAGCACCGGUGUCGAAAUCACUGAAUGGGUUGACAAAGACCGUGCCGGCCAUAAACGGGUCUACGACAAGUAAUGGCCUUACUGAGAAAACAAUCACGCAAGAUCCCGCUUACUUCGGGCAUGACCGUGAGGAAGUGUCGAGGCUGCUGAUACAGGCUCUUUCAGAUCUGGGUUAUAAUGCCUCUGCUGAGAAACUGGUUCAAGAGAGCGGAUACGACCUCGAAAGCCCGACAGUGGCUGCCUUUCGGAAUGCCGUUCUUCGAGGUGAAUGGUCAGACGCGGAAGAGUUGUUAUUUGGUCAUCCGACUUCGUCAGUGACUGACGGCACCGGUAUAAGCAACGGGCUCGUACUCACUGAAGGGGCAGACAAAGAUGAGAUGCGGUUCUGGCUCCGCCAACAAAAGUUUCUCGAGCUAUUGGAAGCUGGGGAUACCGGCAGGGCAUUGAUGGUGUUGAGAACCGAGCUGACGCCGGUCUAUCACAAUGUCCACAAGCUCCAUUUCCUCUCAAGUUUACUCAUGUGUCCCUCGGAUGAGCUGAUGGCAAAAGCUGAGUGGGAUGGCGCUCAUGGUCAAUCCCGGCAUAUUCUUCUAUCCGAGUUAUCAAAAUGCCUUUCCCCAUCCCUGAUGGUGCCUGAACACCGACUUGCAGUCCUACUAGAUCAAGUCAAGCAGUCCAGGAUCGCCAACUGCCUGUAUCAUAAUACAGAAAUCUCGUCGUCGUUGUAUUCAGAUCAUCGCUGUGACCGAGAAAACUUCCCACUGGAGGUUGCGGCAGAGCUACACCAGCACAGUAGUGAAGUUUGGUUCGUGGCUUUCUCACAUGAUGGUACAAGGCUGGUGAGUUGUGGCGCCGAAGGAAAGGCUUUAAUCUGGGAUAUGCAAUCAUUGCAAGUGGUACAUACCCUUCCCGAUCAUACGCAGGGCGUCUGCUUCGCAUCAUGGAGCCCGGAUGAUAAAAUGGUUAUCACAUGCUCCAAGGAUAGGUAUGCAAGGCUAUGGGACACAGAGACUGGCCAACUUCUACGGACAAUCAACCGCUUCGAGGAGCCCGUGAGUUCUUGUGCCUGGGCUCCGGAUGGAAAGUCGUUUAUCACCGGCUGUCUCUACAAAGAACGAAACCUUUGCCAAUGGAAUCUGAACGGCGAUCUCCUAUACGACUGGAACCGUCCGCACCGUAUUGAAGCACUGGCACUGUCGAGAGAUGGCAGCCUGUUAGUCGCUACGGACACCGAGUGCCAUCUUCAUGUCUAUAACUUCGUCUCUCGUGAGCUGGAGUACGAGAUGGAUCUCAAGGUCAAAUUAACGUCGGUCAGUGUUAGCAAGGACUCGAAGUAUCUACUGAUCAGUAAGAUCGACGGAGAAGCUCUCCUCUUCAGUGUUGAGGACAGAAAAUCAAUCAGGACAUUCGCAGGACAGAAAGCCGGAAAGUUCGUAAUCCGCAGCGACUUUGGUGGUGCCGAUGAGAGUUUCGUUAUAAGCGGUAGUGAGGAUGGCUACGUAUUCGUCUGGCACAAGGAGAACGGUUCUAUUGUGGAGAAGCUGGAGGCUCACCGGCCAGGGUGCUGCAACAGCGUCUCAUGGAACCCGAAGAACCCGCGGAUGUUCGCAACCGCCGGCGACGAUCAGAGUGUCCGAAUAUGGUGCAACCAAUCCAACUCAGGCCCUCUCCUCCAGAGAGGCCACCUCGGCUAAUGACACGGCGCCGCUCGGCGUCAGUGAUUCGGGGUAAAUGAAGGGCGGGUCAGUCACUGGGAGGGGGAUGCUUGGGCGUCAGUUGCUAUACUUGGCGAUAGGGGUUCUGGGUUCUAUAGGCUUGCAUCAGGGGCAUCCUGCACGGCGUUGGGAAGAGAAGAUUGCGGUGCCUGUCGCUUUUUUUUGCGCAGGUGAGUAUUCAUACCGGUAGCUAGAACUAAUAGAAUCUCAUACUAUGG